AUUUUCUAUGACAAAUUCCUUCGUUUCCCUCCGAUUAUCUCGAAUAGUGUGUGAUAAAAAUCAUGAUUGCAUCUAUGCAAUUUUCGAGCCUCUUCCUCGAACAUGUCCAAUAUCACGUUCAUUGCGGAGGUGGCGUCGAAGACGUCGUUAUUCGUCCAACAAUUACGAGGCGGACAAUAAAGUGAUUAUCGUCAGCUAAUGAAACUGGUAGACCCUCGACCUUCAGCAGAUCGCUCGGCGGGACGAAGUAAAACAGUCUUGGCUGUCACACACAACCGUUCACGCGAACGAUUCUCGUCCGAAGUCGCCGAUCGCGGAACAAGCAUGCCCGGCGGCGUCGUCUUCUUGGUCUGCAUACCCACCUUGAGUUACGAGCACGAGCUUGUGUUUGGCGUGCCGUUGAAGCGUUCCAAGAAGACCGAGAGGAGCAAGAGUAAAGUCGCUAUACCCGUCGGGCCGAAGGUGGAUCUGCGUCUGAAGGAAGUGAGAUCGCACCCACAGCUGCUCACCUUCGAUAACGGCCAUUACGACGAUGACGAUGACGACGACGACAUCGGUAUUGACACCAGGAGACAACGCGCUCGAGGAUACUCCGCGCGAACGAAAUCGCCAGUCUUCGUGUCGAUGGAAACGGUUCUGGACGAGCUCCUAAAAAAGCUGAAGGUGGAGCACGUGGUGUGGUGCAAAGAUAAAGAAGAUAUGUAUUACGAGGUGAUCUUUCCGGUGCCCGCUGGUGAGCCCUGCGAGAAUUGCAUACACUGUCUGACCGAAAUGGGUAUCGGAGUCAAGAUGAACUCGAUCGUAAGCGUGAUCCCGACGCAGUGUACGUACAGCGGUGUGAACGCUACAGGACCACCAGCUAUCAAGGACGACGAUAUUCGCAGACGAAAGGAGGCGGAGGAUCAUAGCAAUGCAUGGGACGAUUUCGUGGGAUCGAUCAGGUCGAAGUUGACGGUGAAGCAGGUGGUCGAUGGAGUUCGCAGCGGUGGCGAUCUCAGCUUCGACUACGUGCUGCUGGUGUUAACCGCGGACUGCCUCGCUGCGCUCGGACUCGUCGAGAACAGUGCGACUAACGUCGUCGCGGCUAUGCUGGUGUCACCUCUCAUGGGACCCGUGAUGUCGCUAACUUUUGGAACCAUCAUAGCCGAUAGGGAUCUGCAGUUAGUCGGCCUGAAAAGCUUGAUGCUCGGCAUCUUCCUGUCGAUACUCUUUGGCUUCAUCUUCGGCCUCAUCCUCGGCACAACGCAGAUGCCGUGGGGCUAUAAUGACUGGCCAACUGACGAAAUGAAGGGCAGAGGCAACUACAGAUCGCUAUGGAUGGGUGUUCUGUGGGCUUUGCCAUCCGGCACGGGUGUCGCGGUCGCCUUGCUGCAAGGCAGCAAUGGACCAUUAAUUGGCGUCGCCAUAUCAGCCUCAUUACUGCCGCCGGUUGUUAACUGCGGUCUAUUUUGGGCUCUCGGCUGUAUAUGGCUCAUUUACCGACCCAUAAAAAUGCCCCACAUCAAGGGCGAGUCCUACACGGACUUUAAUAGCUCGUACAAGUACGUCUACACCGAUUAUCUGCCCGUCGAAUUCUUCUGCAAUGGCAUUAUCAGCGCGUGCUUGACGUUUAUCAACGUAAUGUGCAUCUUUAUUACGGCAAUAAUAGUUCUGAAGAUUAAAGAAGUGGCCGCGCCAUACACAUCCACGCCCGAGUUGCGCCGAUUUUGGGAGCACGACAUCCGUCUGGUUCGCGAUAAAAAUAUCUCGAGGGAUAACAGUUCAGUCGAUUCAAGUUACUACGAGGGGCUGAGUAAAGUUAAACAAAGAGCACUGGAACGUACACUUAACGAGGCAGUGAGGGAAGCAAUGGACGAUGAGACUUUCAGGAAAGUACAACGACUCAGUUAUGGGCAACAUGGACCGGAGGAGAUCGGAUCUCGGCUUGGUCUUCAUAAUCGCGGGAACACGAGUAGAGGCAAUACGAAGAAGAAUGAGAGUAUUGAGGAGAUAGGCGCGGAUCUACGCUCGCGUAUGGAUCGAUUGACGAAUUCUGGCAACACGAGCGAAGAUUUGGCUGCUUUGGACCGAUUGAUAACUUAUCUCUUAGGUCAACCGAGUAAUCCCGCCGGUAACAACUUGGACUCGUGGAGACGUUCGCGUCGUGCUAGUGCGCGAGGAUACCGGCAAUUACGUGGCACCGCCGCGGAUGCCGCGGAAACUGGUAGCGUCGGUGCUAGUAUCGGCACGACGCCACUUUAAAUAGAUCACAAAAUACGCUCCGCAAACGUCGGAA